AUGGAACACAUCAACGACUCAAUAAAAGAAGUCGGACUUGGUGAUUCGGUUUGUGCUGAUGACAUAAUAGAUAUUGUUGAUGGUUAUAAAGGACGUGGGUAUGGCUUAUCUACUCCUGAAGAACAAGAAUUUAUUCAGUCAGUGAGUGAAAAUACUGGAAUUAUAUUAGAUCCUUGUUAUACUGGUAAAGCAGCAAAUGGGCUAGUGCAAGAACUAACAUCAAAUCCAGAUAGGUUCCAAGGAAACAGAAUUUUAUUUAUACAUACAGGUGGAAUUUUUGGUUUAUUUGAUGGAAAGAUGGAUUCCUAUUUAAGGCAGAGAAAACAUCCAGAACCUGUGGUUUUAUGGAAAGAUUUGGAUGACUUAUCAAUAUAG